UACACUAUCUCAUAUUAUCUUUUUGGGGGAUCCCAAGAGGUUGUAUUUCGUGUAUUUAGAUUAAAAACGUUUAUCGCGCAUGCUUACCAUGCAUGAUCAGUUUAUUGCGCAUGCGUAGAAUGCCACAGUUUUGACGAUGUCCCUGCGCGAGAGUUGAGCGGAGGUCGAACAGAGGACAUAUCUGUUUCAUGCUUUACUAGUGCUUAAGUAAUAUGCACAUUUAGUUUAUGCAUUAGCACAUUAAUAAGUGAUGAUUACGAAGAUACUUGUUUUGAACCUCUUGUGAUGUUGUUGCUGAAACACCAUUGCAACAAAAGGAUGACAGUUGAUGUGACCUUGCAGAGGGCCAUGGCGCCGUGUUGAAGAGCAGGACGUUUCUGUGAUGUUUUUUCCAUUAUUGCUCAAAUAAUUUACUCUGUUAUUCCAAUGGAAUAAUCCUUGUGCAAUACUCAUUAUAAUAGGGUGUUAGUAAACUUGUAGAACUUAAGUUUUUGUUCUAAACUUUAUUGUGACAUUGUUGUCGCUGAAACCCCUACCGGCUACAGUGUAAGAAGACAUCGCAUCUUCGUCAACAUGUAAGCAUUCACUAUGGCCAGGAGAAGAAAGGAAUCAUACACACACGUUGUGAUACUUUUGCUAAUGCGGUGUGUUAGGCCAAUUCUAGGACAGCUUGUUUUGAAUUUGGUAAAGAAGGGAACGCCACUUGGACGAGAGACCUGGAGCAUUGAUGACUUCCUCGCUUUUCAUAAAAGACGAAUAGAAAAGGAACUCCCUGUAAUUGACAAAUACGACGUGUACAAAAACAUUUUGUAUCCUUCUAAUACCCAGACACCAAAGACAGAUAUAAGCAAAUGGGAUUUGACUCUGUAUGUAUUUGUCUUAACUAAGAUAUGCAAAAUUGAUCAUGACCUAGUAUACUAUUUUAGACAAAUAACCAGUAUACGGGAAGACUUUUGUAAAGCAAAAUUCCCAGGUAUCGCCCGAGACAUUUGUAAGGAUUACAGAAAGCGGCUGGAGAGGGCGAGGUCAAAAUUGUAUAAGCAACUUCAGGACGAUGAUCUCAAGAAAAAAAUUGAAAGGCGAGCAAAGAGAAUCGAGGGAAGAAAUACAGAUUCCGCAGAAAAAGAAAAGAUUCUGAAAGAAUGGAAAGAUAUUGAAGUCGCACAGCUUUUAAUUGGUGAAACGAAGAAAAGUGGUGUGCAAAAAUACCUCACUAUGAAAAUGCUAUUGUCAAAAAGUUGUCGUGUAGUCAUGCAAGCAUUAGUUUCCAAACGUGUAAGAGACAAAUGUCCCGACGGAACAAGGGAAUGGUCAUUAGAUAGUUUUCUCUAUCGUUACAAUGGCAGAAUUAGACGGCGGAUUGGAAGUCUUGAUAAACUAGGACGUCCGAUAGACAUAUUGUUUCCAAAAAAGCGAAAUACCCGAAUAGACGAAUGGGACAUCAGUUUGCUUUGUUGGGUGCUGCUUAAUGUAUGCUUUUUAGAAGAGACUGGUACGGCAGAUAGUAUAGGAGAAAUGCGAACAAUUAGAAACGAUAUUGCUCAUAACAAUUCAUUUAGUCUGUCAGAUUCAGACUAUGAGUCAUACAUCGAAAGGAUCAAAAAGUCCAUAGAUACAUGUUUGUCGUUCAUCAACGAUGAAGAUCUUUCUGAUUUUAUAAACGACCAGGUUGAAGAAAUUGAACGGACAUCAAUAAACAAAGAUGAAACUAUUCGAUGUCUUCAGAUGACCCGACAGAAUGAGACAUCGGAGAGACAGCAGCAAGAGAAAUUCCUUGAAGUGCAACAAAUGAUCCUGAACGAAUUAUCAACAAUUGUCAAGAAAUUCAAAGAUAUUGAGAUACCAGAGUGUCAGUUAGAGUUAAUGCUAAACAACUGUGACGAAGAGAACGAAAACAUCAUGUCAAAGGCUAUUGUGAAGGAAGUCAAUGAAGCUCUGGAAUCUGAACAAGGGCAUUCUUCACCUGGCAGAAAUGAAAAUUUUAGAAGAGCUGUGAAAAAACUGUUAAAAAGGACGAAAACAAAAGGAUGGUCAUUCACAAAUGCUACAAAAGGCAGUGUGCUGAUUAACGUCCAAUGUCAUUCGUUUGACGACCUAUGUGAACUUUUUAAUACAUGCAGGAACGACGGAUCAGAUUUGUAUGUUAGUGAUGUAGAGUCAGCAUUGCACUGCACCACGGGUAUUGAUGUCAAACUUCAUCUAGUCAUGUACGACAUAGAAAUGGAUAAAUGUGUGGAAAAAAUAGUAUCUGCUGUAAUGAAAAGAACAAAUGCAAUUGCUUCUAUGGCAGUAAAUGGGACAGGCAAUGGAUAUCACUUGUCUCCAUGUAGUGCGAAUGCAUGCUUUGCAGCACCAGUCCCAGGUGACGAUUUAGAUGAUAAACUUUUGAAAAUAAAAGAGGCUCUGAAAAAUCAGUAUCGGGUGUCGGGUCACUCUUCUAAUGCCAUGACAGAAGAAUUGAGACAAAACGCUAUUGAUGAAACGAAUUCAAUCGAAAAUACUUGUGAGAAUAAGAAGCUGUCUUCUAAAAGUGAUGUGGAUGAGAGGACUCCAUCAGAACAGCUAUCUUCGAGCAUGGAUUGUACAGUAAGUGAUGGCACUACGACAGCAAUGGAAACAGAAUAUCACGACGUAAAACAGCAUCUGGAUGAACUUGUUGUAAAUAAGAAGGAACACAUCUUCACGGAAGAAAUUGACCAUGGCACUUACUAUACGAAAGCAUUGAGAAGAGCGAUGAUAUGUGAUUAUAUGAGCGACAAUAAAGUGGAUUUUGAUUUUAUUGGAAUAGAACAUGACUGCUACUAUGAUGAGUGCUAUGUUGAACCGGAAUUGGUAGACCUGCAUUCUGUGGGGAAAAUGUAUGAUUUGAAACACAAGCCCUUAACUGAAGGAGCUGCUAGAAUUGAGUCUUUAGAAGACGUUUUCUUCCACGGCACAAGACCGUCGAAGAACAUCUAUAUUACUGCUGAAGCUGGAUUCGGCAAAUCCACACUUUCAAAGAGACUUGUCAUGACUUGGUGCAACGCGCAUGAUUAUAACAAAACGGGAAAGAAUUUGAAGCAAAGUGAUCAGGAAACCAUGAAAAAGUUUGAAUUUCUAUUCUUUAUUCCGUUACGAGAAGCUAGCUUUGUUGUUUGUGAAAUGGACAGUUUGAUCUAUGAUCACGUCAUUAAAAGACUGCCAAAAUCGUACCGUUAUCCGAAAACGUUCAUAACUGAACUACUACAGAGAGAAAAUACCUUGGUUAUACUAGAUGGUUUAGAUGAAUGGUCUCAUUCGCAAAAAUGUGAGAAACAGGGCGACGUUCCUCAUAAGAAUGAAACUUGCCACUGCACAAUUAUAACAACAACUCGGCCGUGGAGGCUAUCUGCAGUCAGACCUAAUGUUGCCAUCGACAAAGUCAUACAAAUUUCAAUGCUUGAUAAGAAUAUGUCAGCGCGACUUGCGAGUAAUCUGAUAUCUGUACUAAAUUCCAGGCAAAGACGAGAGAAAUUAAAGUCAUAUCAAGAUUUUGAAGAAAAAAUAUCUCUUGAAAACGUAGGUGAUGUUAGGUUCGUUCCAUAUACCCUUCUUUAUCUAGUGCGUCUUUGGUUUGACGAUGAGCCUCUGGGAAAAUCGGUAUUUGAAAUAUUAACCAACAGCAUUGCUUUCAAGGCGGGUCUUGAGGAAAGACUUAAAGUCAAGAAAGGAUGUGACAACCUUGGAAAAACCGCUUCAAGAAGACCUUCAUUGGAGAGAAGCAUUUGUUUGCUUGCCAAACAACAGGAUCUUUACGCUUUGAGUAAACUAGCGUUUGAUGGUGUAUUUUGUUGUAAAAGCACGUCAAAACUUGUAUUUGACAAAAGCGAAAUGGAUGGCCGCAUCCUCAAUGCAUCUUUGGAAAUGGGUCUGCUGUGUGCGGUGAAUGAAAAGAGAUUUUCAUUUCAACAUAAAACACUUCAAGAAUAUUUUGCUGCAUUAUAUAUACAUUCGAACAAUGAACAGACGGCUGAACAAAUUUCACAGUCAUGCGCAUCGGUUACGUCAAUACUAGACAAACUAAACGUUAUUUUGUUCCUUGCUCACUUCAGUCCCUCCGAAGUAAAUAAAAUCUGGUGGCAGACUUUGCAGCCGACAGUAUCAAAUUCAGACAUCGCUGAAAACUACAGGAAGCGGGUAACUGUGAAUAGGGAAGAUAUAAGUAACUUCGAGCUUCUGAAGGAAAUCCAAAACAUAUUUGUCAGAUGGGUAAAAGCAACUGGACGUACGUUUCAGCUAGAAGAUAUUAUCAUAGAUGGCAGUUUUAACUCUUUCCAAAUCUCUGAAUUGGUGCGUCUUAUGGAGGCUGAUGGAAUGAGUGUAAAGUCUUUACAUGUGAAUGGCGCGUCAAGAGCUGAUAUGCUGGCAGUCAUGAAAAGGUUCAGCAAUAUAGGGACGUUGCAGAAACUAAGUAUUGCUGGAACUGAUGUUGUAUAUCUACCAAGAGUGAUGUCACAUUCCGUCGGCACUUUAAGAUGUGUAUCCUUAGAAAGCGGUCUUGAUUUAGACUUCACAGGACACUUCGAAUCAAUUUCUUCGGACAUUUUGCAUAUGCUUAUUGAAAUACGACAGCUGGAAUCACUUAGAUUACGGCACUGGCAAUUCACCGAUAAACAACUCAGGUUUCUGUUUGACGUUAUAACAUCUAAAACUUGCAUGCAGCAGCUUCUGAUAGACGGACUUGACUGUCAGACUCGUGAUGAUUUUCAUCUUGAUCUUUAUUACCACCAACUUCGAGACCUUAUGAUAUGUAAUACACCAGUAACGCAGUUACAUGCAGACGUAUCUUCACUCAAGUACUGCUGUUUCGGUGGCUUAGCGCCAGGAGUUGAAACUUCAUUACUUGCGAUGUUGCGGAAUGCGAAACACCUUCGGACUUUAAACUUGAGAGAUAUACUUUCAAAUGGCAGAACAUGUGAUAGUCUAGCAGAUACUUUAAAAAGCUUGUUCCAGAUUACCAAAAGACUUAAACUUUUGUCGUGCAUAAUAUUUGAGAUUGACGAGUUUAAUAUAGACCAACAGACGUGUGAAGAGCUGUCAACCUUCAUAGACAGGGUUCAGAAAAUUCGGCGGCCGGUGACAGUGAUUUUGAAGAUAUCCAGCUGUGAGGGUCGCUGCUUUUGUGAAAGUAUGAAGAAUUUCUUUAUGCUGCCAGGCCUAGUCAGGGUCACUUGCAAUGCAGAUUGCAGUUUGACGAUAUUCAAGACAGUUAGCUUCUCGGACUGAGAUAAAUACUCUAUCACUUGACAAAAACUACGUGUUCUUCUGUAUGAAUUUUUUAAAAAAAAUCCAUGUCAGUUGCAUAUAUACUAGACAUACAUUUGAGUAAAUGUUUAGGGCGUUGUGCAUUAUUAAUGUUAAAUCAACGCGUGUUGCGACGUUCGCUAUUUUAAAUGUUGCCUUUAUUCAUGUGUUCUGUAUGGUAAUCAUAGAAUCCCGGUGCGGCAUGCUUUUUGCUGUGUUUGUAUGUGCGUGCGCGUGUGUGUGUCCUUUUUUGUAAUCAAGGAUAUACCGCUGAUAGCUAGAAAGACGUCCACAUAUACCAGUAUUCAAAUAUAUGAAACCGAUGAAAUUAACGCAGUGAACUCGGCUGUAUUUCAUGGAAUCUCUGUGCGACGUGCUUUUUUGCAUCUUGCGAUUUGUUUUUACGUUAUUUUAACAAGCAGAGUUAUAUCUGCUUAUAGCUAUUGAGAUUUUCAGGAAAACUAGGUUUUAAAGGCAAGAAAAAGAGCAGAUCUUACAUUUAAGUAGUUGACUUAAAUGUAUUUUUUUAAAAAGGCACAUACAGCAAAACGCAAGCAGUAAAAAAAAAAUAAAUAAAUAAAAAAAUAAAACGAAAAAAAAAAAAAAAAAAAAAAACAACAAAAAAAAAAAAAAAAAAAAAAACUGCAUUGUAAAAAGGAUAUCACACAAGAACUGUCGCAUAAAUGGAUGUAAUACAUGUUAUGCCAAGUGAAAUAAUGUGAUAUUUGUGUUGUUAGACAGCACAAUGUUAUUUUAUUUGAACAAGCAAAAAUACUGUAAUCAACAUAUUCCGUUUUACCGUAGGUUCUAAAAACUUGUGUAUGGAGGACUGCACAAUAUUUUGUAAAUCAUUGAUGAAAAGGAAUUAUGCAUGCUCAUAAUCAAACAAUUGUAUGCUUGUCUGGCAUUUAAGCCGAAAAAUAAAAAUGAACAAUAUCCAAGUGUUUUAUUGUUCUUUACCCCAGGGAUUCGAAUUAGCAAUAUCUAUUUAAUCGGUCAGCAUCUUAUCUCUUAUACAACCGCUUUGUGUUAAAUCUGCACCCUCCCAGUUUGCGUCAAAUUGUUCGAUAUUUACAAAAAAUCUGCCUACUGUGAUACAUUGUGUAUUAAUAUUUGGUAUCAUAUUUAAAGGUACUGUACUUAUUCAUUCUCCUUGGCGAUUUGAUAAAAGACAUUCUGUCUGAAGUAAUCCCGUCCGCCACCUCUGAUUCAUGUGGAGAAGUUGACAGUUACUUGUGGAGACUAGGUAAGUACUGGUACAGAAUCCAACGGUGAAUAGGUUAACAGUCCGCCGUUACACAAUGGAUAGAUCCGGUUUUUCUGAUACGGAACGCCCCCUUGGAUAUUGUUGCUAUGUCACACAAGCUUUCUCCAAAAUGGCGGAUACACAUGAUACCGCAAUGACGUAUUCUCUUUUAUAAAGUAGCUAAAUCUUCCACUCAUUACUGUAAAAAGAUCAAAAACCUGUCGGAUCACGCGCUAAAUAAUUCCAUGAAGAAAAGUGAUGAAAUGUAGCAGUUAAAUGUCGGUGCUAAUAAGGUCUUCAUAAAUAUGAACAUCGUAGGAUUUGAUAAAUUUAUUUAUUUUUGGACCGCACAAAAUGUUCACAGACUAUAGGUAUAAAGUAUAAUACAUAUAAUAAAAAGAAAUCACGAUAGAGUUGCGUCCUUGCAAAGAGGCAUAUCACGAUGCUGACUUGGAUGUCGUAUACCGAUUAAAUAUUGGAGUUUUUCUCAAAUGCAUUUAAGUAUACGCAUGUAAAGAUACAGGGCUGUAGCAAGCGGUAAAUUAUUUCCAAGGAUCAUUAUAUAUUGUUUUAGAAAAUAAAUCAUCAUUUGUUACUACAUGUAUAUCUAAUUGAAAAUAUAGCAUCAUUUUACUUCUUUUAAUCGUUCGUGCCUGCAAACAAUUAAGAGACACACGUUUGUUCACUGUUUGUAGGGUGCCUCAACACAUGUUUUAAGUUCGGUGCUUUCCAUUACUUUUGUUCAUAUAUUGUUUGCUUUUAUAUAUAUAUUAGAAUAACUGUAUGUUUAAUUGACUUCAGUUGUUGGUAUUAUUAUCGACCUUUAAGGACUUAUAUAUUUAUUAAUCGAAAAAAUGACUUGAAAUGAAAUAUGGUGGCUGAUUUGUGAUAUGACGUCAUUUCGAACUGUCGCAGCGAUACAACGACAAACGUCGUUAAAGCGUCCUGCCGAAUGUCGCCACGCAUAAUGUCGCCCUGCCGAAAGUCGUUAUGGCGCCCCGCUGAACGUCGCCCCGCAAAAUGUCGCCUGCCAAACGUCGUUAUGGUGCCCUGCCAAACGUCGCCCACCGAAUAUCGCCCCUACAAAUGUAACCCCGACAAGCAUCGGUAUGGCGCCCCGCCGAACGUCGGCCCGCCAAAUGUCGUCCAGUCAAACGUCGUUUCCACCUUCAGAAAUGACAUGACAGUAUAGAUUUGUCUAACAUUAGAAAGUAACUUAGGCUUCCUCAGCGAGAUGAAUUGCCGUGCCAGCACUAGAUCCCUCUCCAAAAAGUCAAUGCUACACUUAAGUGAGUGGGUUUGACAAAGAUUAUGGCCAGUAACUUUAACACUCGUAGAGAAAUCUGUUUUACUUCCUCAAUGAUACGGUUAGUGCUAUGCAAAACACAGGCCCUGAAGUCAGGCGGGGCGACGUUUAGAAGGGCGACGUUCGGCAAUGAGAUAUUCGGUGGGGUGACAGUCGACGGGGCGUUAUAACGGCUAUUGGUACUUUGCGAAACGAAACGAAACGAAACGAAACGAAACGGAACGAGGGGCACUAUAUGGGGGGAAUUAAAAAGUCAAAUUUAAAUUUUUAAAAUCAAUAUAUAAUAUUUAAUUACAUGAACCUUGUAUAAACAUCAGUUUUGGAAUGAUAUAUAAUAUCAAAUGAAACUCCUGUUACGCAAAACAUUAAGUAUUAAACAGGUUUUGUCUUGUUUCGUUCCGUUACGCAAAGUACCAUUACCCACACAGGUAUUGGUACUUUGCGAAACGGAACGAAACGAGAAAAUUUUAAUCUACUUGCAUGAAAUAUUUCAGGAAUUCAUAUCUAAUAAUCGUUUAUUUUUGUAUGUAUGUAUAAAUGUCGAUCCUGGAUCUGCAAGUUAUCCUUUUAUGUAUGAAGAGUACAGGAGAAUUUGUAUGUUCGAGAAGGGAAUAUUUUUUGCAUAUUGCCUUGCAAGUAACUGCUUGUAAUGAAAUUUGGUUCCCAUUAGCGACAACUUAACAAAGCAAUAAUCGGAAAUUACUGCAUCACACUGUAACUAUGUCCAUACCUGCACACACAUAUAUAUAUGAACUUUCGUGAAGUACAUAGGCAUGCAAUAUAGCCGGACAUACCGAAUAAUCAUUUAUGUUUGUAUGUUUAUAUAAGUGCCGAGUCUGGAUCUGCAAUUCGCCUUUUUAUGUAUUGAGAUUGUACUAGUAUUUGUAUGUUUGUGAAGGAAAUACUUUUUGCAUAUUGUCUUGCAUGUAACUGCGUGUAAUAAAAUUUGAUUCUCCUUUUAUCUUUUAGUUGCAGUUAUCAACAUCUUUAUAAAAUAAAUUAUAUAAGUUAUAACAAACUUUAUCUUUUAUCUGUUACAGUAGUUGUUAGCAUCUUUAAUUACAUAAAUUAUACAUGUCUGUAACAAACUUAGCCUUUCCUCUCUCGUUUCGUUCCGUUUCGCAAAGUACCAAUACCCACACAGGUAUUGGUACUUUGCGAAACGAAACGAAACAAGAAAAAUUUAAUUCAUUUACAUAAAGUAUUUCAGAAAUAUCGGUAGACUCUUCCAAGGAUAAUCAUUUAUGUGUGUAUGUAUGUUGAACUGUCCAGCCUUGAUUUGCAAAUUAGCCUUUUACUUGUGAAAAAUUACAGGAUUUGUUUCUUGUGAAGGGAAUACCUUUUGCAUAUUCGAUCCAUGCAUGUAACUGCUUGUAAUGAAAUUUGGUUCUCCUAUUUAUUUUUUCAAUUCUUACUUGUCCGCAUCUUGAAUUACAUAAUGCAUACAUAACCAAAUUAAGUUUUCCGAUCUCGUUUCGUUCCGUUUCGCAAAAUACCAAUACCCACACAGGUAUUGGUACUUUGCGAAACGAAACGGAACGAGAAAUUUUUGAUAUAUUUACAUGAAAUAUUUCAGGAAUUAUAUCUAUUUAUCGUUUAUUGCUUGCAUGUACAGUAAUGGUUGAGCCUGGAUUUGUAGAUCGUUGUUUUUCAAAUAAUUGUCGACGACUUAACAAAGCUAUAAUCUGAAAUUACUGGUUUCAUGCAACACACUGUAACUAUGUACAUACCUACACAUAUACCUUCAUAAAAUACAUGGACAUACCGAAUAAUUAUUCAUAUUUGUAUGCAUGUAUAAUUGCCGAGUCUGGAUCUGCAAGUCGCCUUUUUAUGUUUUGAGAUUAUACGAGAAUUUGUAUGUUUGUGAAGGAAAUGUUUUUUGCAUAUUGUCUUGCAUGUAACUGCGUGUAAUAAAAUUAGAUUUUC